GUGCAAUGGAAACACUGUGACAAGCAUAUCAUGCUACUUCAAGAAAAUGAGACUGAGAUUCAAGAGCUGAAGAUCCUCUUGAAUAGGCAGAAGCAUGAGCAGAGGCAACAAUGGAAAGCCCAGGAACAUGAAGUCCAACUGUCUAAUACACUGCAGAGAAACAACACACCAUUGCUCCAAGCUCAUCUGAGGACAAACACUAUUCAGGCAGAAAUACCUGAAGGACACCGGAAAAGUGAACACUUGCAGACAGCUGUUGAAGAGUUUCAGUGUGUAAAUGAUCAGUUUUCUCCAACGAAUGUGGAUACAGAUGCUGAACUGCACAAUUGCAAAUCUAAGAAUGUGCAGCAUCUGCAGUUUCAAGAAAAGAUUGCAAAAUUGCAAUCUACGGUUGCAGAUCUGACUGAAAAGAAUUACAAGAAUUGUAGCCAAGUGGCCAAAGUGCAGGAAUCAAUUAUCAAUAUAAAAACUGCAAUAGAUGAGAUAAAAGAAGAAAACAGCAAACUACAUUCUAUGAUUUCUGAAUUGCAUUUGCAAAUGAACUCUAUUACUAUGGAUCCGCAGGGCAAUGUUCAGCCCGCUGAUGAAUCUGUGAGGGACAAGCUUUGUGAAAAGGCAGGAACUGAAGAUGAGGAACUUCAUCUCAGGAUCUUAAACCUAUAUGAACAAAAUAAUCAGCUGAAAACUAUGAUCAUAGACUUAGAUAAAAAACAAAGCUGCCAAGGAACAUUACAUUCACAAAUACAGGAACAUAUUGAUCAGUUUCAGGCUGUUGCUGAAAAAUUACAGCAAGGAAAUAAAAAAGUGCAAACCAUCAUCUCAGAACUUUAUGAGAAAAAAUGCCAAUUUGAGGAUUUGGCAUCAGGCCUACAAAGAAAUAUUGCCAAACUGCAGGCAGCUAUUCCCCACAAUGUGCAGCCUGGUGCAUUUUCAGAGCUGCGACAUAUGACAGAAAAUUACUUAAACCUGCGGCAUGAGAACUGGAAGCUGCAGGACAAAAUGUCAGAGCUUUGCAAAAGUAAGAGCUGGCUUGAAAGCUCCCUAUCAACAUUAAACGCAAAGGUUUUUCAGCUUGAGGCUAGUAAAUUUGACAGUCAAAAGCUCCAACACAAGAUAUUCGAUCUUCAGGACAAAAGUAAUGAAUAUACAAACGCUAUCAUCAAGCUUGAAGGUGAAAAUAUUAAUCUACAAAAAAAUUAUUGUGGCCUUCAAAGCUAUAAAAACAAACUGUUAACAAUUAUUUCAGAACUACAAAGUAAAGCAUUAAUGUUAGAGGGUGCUGACUUACAAAACAAACGGCUACAAUGUCUUGCCCAAGAACUCCUUGGAAAGAAUGCAGAAUUAAACGUCAAAAUCAUCGUACUUGCAGAGAGAAAUAACUCUUUGGAAGAAUAUCUUUUGCAAGUGCAGCAAAAUAUAAAUCAUCGUCAGAAAACUGCAGUAGAGUUACACGGAUAUACAAGACCCCAAACUACAAUUGCAGAAGUGAGUGGGAAUAAAUACCAGUUUGAAACAGAGCUGCAGACAGUAAUAGAUAUAUUAGCCAUCACUGCUGCAAUCAAGGAGAAACUUCAGGUAACCAUCUCUGAACAGCAGGAGCAUAUUUUGGAGUCUCAAGGUAACAUUUUGAAACUACAGAGAAGAAUCACCUCUCUUCACCAGUUAGUAACUGAACUACAAAAUAUUAGCCAUCAAUUUAGCUUAAAUGUUUUGGAAUUGCAAGACAACAUUUAUAUGUCAGGCAUCAGAGAAGCACAAAACCAAUGUAGUCCAGUGAUCUGUCAGGACAAGAAACAUUAUCAUGAGGGAAUGGUCAGUAUUUCACAGCUCGAGACCGUGUUAGAAUCACCAUUUGCAAGGUUAACAGCUUCCACAGAAAGCUCUCUUAUUCAUAUAAUCCUUAAAAUUAUAAAGAUUAGCAAAGACAUUGUGGUCUCCAUUGAGAAAAUUGGGAUCGAAACCAGACAUCUUCAGGUUUCAAUUUUUGAUCUUGAGCUUAAGAUGCAGUUACAUAAGGAUGGCUUGUUAAAUUCAGAAGUGGACACCCUUCAAGAAAUUGUUCAGCAGCUGAAGGAGCAUAAAUAUUCACUUGAGAACCAUGAAUAUGAGAAAGCACUCCUGCAACAAAAGAUAUCUGAAAUUGAUAAAAUCCUGGUCAAUGAAACAUCCUUCACAAAUGAAAUUGAGGCUCAAAUCAAGGAUCAACAACACACAGCUAAUUCUGAAAAUAAAAAAUUGCAAAAAUUAAUAAUAGACCUUUUGAGUAAUAAUCUGGAACUUGAAAAUACAAUAAAUUGGACUCUGGAGCGUAAUGAAGUAUUGGAUGUCCAACUUGCUGCUUUGAAAAAUAUUCUCAGAGAGGAACAGGUACAAUUUAAUGAAAAAGAAGUCAAAUUAAACUGGCAGUGGAAGAUAUAUAUCAAACAUAUUGAACAUCUACAAGGUGUGUUAUCAGAAAUGGUUGCGGAAAAUACAAAUCUUAAAGAAACAGUUGAGAUACUUGUCCAAGAGAAAGUUCACCUACAAACUACAGUAUCUGAACUGCAAUCCAAUUUAAAAUCAGGGAAGUUAAAUACAAAAAGUCAGCAGGAUGACCAUUUGCAUGCAGAGUCUUCCAACAGUAGACUGUGCAAGAAAAGUAAAACAGUGCAAAAAAAUAACAUCAAACUCACUAGAAGCUUGAAGGAAUUUGAAGGAGUUCCAGAUCUUCCUGCGAAUACAAGGAACAAGCUAAAGCCAAAACUAACAGAGGAAAAUCUAUCCUUUGAUGAGGAAGUCCGUCAAAUUGAAGAGAAGGCCAUAAAUAAUGAUGGAAAAGAUUGCCUUGAGGCCUUACUAGAGGAACUGAUGGACGAGUCCGAUAAAGAUUGUGAGGUGCAUAUUGCUAUUGAAAAGGCAGAGACAACGACAGAUCUUGUAAACCUUGAAAUAAAUAUACCACUUACUGAUAAGGUGUUAUUUCACUUGGGAAGUGAAAGAUCAGAUAUAUCUAAUCCAUCAACAUUAGAUGUCUCUGAAAAUUUUCAAAUGCAGAAAAUGCCCAAUGAACUGAUGGAGUAUAACAAAGAACUUACGGCAUACAUUGAGACUCUUAUGGAAGAAAAAUACUGGCUGACAGUUGCAGUUUGUGAACUGAAACUAAACCUGACGGAAUUGCAACAACAGGUCGAUAAAAGUGAGUCACAAAUGAUAAAUAACUUUUGCAAAUAUAUUCCAAUAUUUAUUGAUCCUGUGGAAAAUGAAAACACACGACUUUUUGAUCAUGAAAAUGCAUUGGUUAACAUUGUUAAUGAAUUGGGGAAAAAUGCAUCAUUAGAUGAAUUUGAUUGUAGCAGACCUGCUGUUCAAAUGGAGAUAGAGAAGGAGAAAUCUGAUGCAGAAAAUAAUCAACUUCAAAACAAAGUUAAAGACCUCCAGAAAAAGAAUGAAGAAUUAGAAAUGUCUAUUAAAAAACACGAACAUGAGAAGAAAUUGUUAGAAACUAAUCUCAUUAAGAAAGAGAAUUAUCUUUCUCUGGAACAGAAAAAUGCCUGUGAAAUGCAAAGCCUCAUGAAAUAUGAAAUCCAGAUCAUUGAAAAGCAAAAAUGCCAGUUAGAAACUAUGGCCGAUGAUCUAUUGGAUGGAAACAUGACUUUAUCAGUUGAUGUAGAUAAAAUGUUGCUACAGCUCACAGAAGAUGAAAUGGACAGUGAUCUUAAAAUGCAACACUACUUCAAUGAACAUGAAGCUAAGAUUUCUGAGCCAGAAGAAGUGUGUGAAACUAUUGAAGUACAAGAUGAAGCGAAAACACUGGAUGAGACAAGAAGACAACAUAAAUUGAUCGAGAAGUAUAAAGUAGAGAAAGAGUCUCUUUUAAAGUUUAAAAUUCUACUCAGAAAUCAGCAAAUGUACUGCAGGACAAGUGCUAAUCUCACAAAUGAUUUAAAGGAAGUUGAUGAAAAAAUAGGACGACUUCAGGAAAAGCUGAAUGCUCUGACAUGUAACAGCUCAAAAUUUCUGGAGAUUCUUAAUCAGUCCACAGAAAGGAGUCAGAUCAGUAACAUUUGUAGUUCAGAAAGUCAGGUGAGCAAGUCAGUAUCAAUGGAACCUGUGCACCUGUGUAACUUAAUAAACCCAGAUUUCUCUGGAAAACAUGCUGAUAUUUACCCAGACAGCGGAAAAGACUUGGAAUCAUAUAUUCAGCUGUCGAAAGAAAAGAAUAAAAGCAAAAUCUUAAAUGUACAAAACGUUCAACAUCUAGAGUCAAUCAAGGAAUCACAGAACAGUAAUGAAAGCAUACAAAAGGCCAUGGAAAAGACUGACAGAGAUAAAAAAUUGCUUGAAUUAAAUGUGACUCACCACAAAGGAAGGAUAGAUGCUGAGCAACAUGCCUGCAAUAACUUGACAGUUUAUCUAAAAAACAAAAGCAAGAUAUUAGGAAAUCAGAAUAAUAAUUUCCAUGAUAUGAUCGCUGAAUUGUUGAAUGAUAUCUCAAGAUUUCAAGUUUCAAUUGAUAAUCUUGAGCAAGCAAAAAAACUGUUAAAGAUUAAAAUCACUGAGCUGAAUGAUGGAAUGAAAAUAGAUGAGGCAUGCUGCAGUUACAGAGUAAAGCAAGGGAGUUCAUCUCAGGCUGCUGACCCACCAAAGAAAUUAACAGGAUCUGAGAACACUAUGAUGAAUUUCCUUGCAGCUCUUUAUGAAGUGGACAAGGAUACAAUUCUUCCUGCAGUUAUGAACCACGUUCUUGAAACAGGUGACGAACUUCAAAACAGUGAAACGAGAUCUCAACAAACCAUUGAUAACACUGAAAAUGGUAGAAUAAUGUUUGUGAAAACCACUGGUAAUUUGCAAGAUAAAAUAUUAGAAGAGCACAAUUUUAGUAUUGCAUUACUGGAACUUUCUCAGACUAUGGAUCCUUCCUCUGCGAACAGUUACCAACGAAAAGUUGUGAAAAAUCCACCAGAAAGUCAUUAUUCACAAAAUGAAAGUUUAGUAGAUAAAAAAGUUAAAUUAAUAGAUAGUGAGCCCACAGAAGAACAUUUGACCUCAACUAAAAUUCACUUUCAACCAGCGAAUGAGGAAGACUUGAAAUGGACAAUGCAAGAGACGGAAUUGGUGGAUAUGGCUCUUGGGAGCAUAGCGGGAGAAAUAAGUCUAGGUCCAAUUUCAGAAAACCAACUAAGUAUCUAUAAAACCAAGAGAAAUAAUACAGAAAGCGAAACAAUAAAUAAAUUAAUAAUUAAUUUCCAAGACAUAAAUCAACAAGCCAAGGAGAAGAACAUUUUUUCAACUUGUGCGCAUUUAAGUGUAGCCGAUGAGGACUACAAUCUUAAAACUAACUGUAAGUGUGACUUCAAUCAGAAUUGUACUGAAUCUGAAGUAAGGAAUACAUGGCUGCAGGAAACAUUUGAAUCAACUAACAGUAUGGGAUAUCCAGAAAUAGGAAAUAUUAUGAGAGGGCAAGACACAUUGCUGGCUGGAGAUUCCAAGCAACAAUACACAGGAAUAGAAAAAAUUGCUGAUACUGUAAGAACAACAUCAGUUUGUGCCAUUGAGUCUCCAAUUAUAUAUAUUAAGGGCACCUGUCAACAGGAAAAAGCUGUACCAUUGUCAAAGAGGGUGCAGGAGCGAAAUAGGGUCACUCUAAAUCAUCAAGAAGACAAAGAAUUGGUCAAACCAACUCUCGAUCAUCAAGAGACCGAACUUUGGGAGGAAGAACUUACGGAUAACGGUUACAUUGAUCAGAGUUUAUCCAUUAAGCCUAUGGCCGUCUCCACUGAGUUUAUGGAACCUACAUCCUCUGGCACUGAACAGAUUACUGAAACUUCUGAAGUGCAAAAAGACAACAAAAAUGUAAAGGCAGCAAUUACUGAUCUUGUGGUCAAGAUAAAACCAACCUUGAUUGAAGAAGAUAUCAACAGUUUGAAUUCAUUGACAUCAGAAGAAAUAACUGGACAUGAAUUGAUAGAGAAGGAAAAUAACAAAUCUACUCCAUCUUUGUGGAUGAGAUGCAUGAUACAGUAAUUCUUCAAAGUGAUUCAAAUACUGUGCAAAAUUAUAACCAAUGUAGUUUAAAUUAUUCAGCAAAACACUGCCUUAUUGUCAUGACGGGUUAUUUAUUCUGAUGCUUAACAAUUCACUUCACUUCAUCGUUUUUUUUGAAGAAUCGUCCAUAUUUUUAAUCUUUUUAAUCCUCAUGCGAAUCACCAUUUGGAAAUCAAUAUCAACUUAAAAGGAUGAUUACUUCCUAGCACAAGCUUUAAUGCCCGAUACACACAUCACAUUAACAAAAUGUUUUCAAAUGAUUCCUGAAAUAUUCAAUUUUUAUUGAGAUUUUGCCUUAUUUCUCUUUCUGCCAAUACAACCCAUUGAAAAUCAGAAGACAAUGCAGUUUGAAGUCAGACAUCUGGGAAGGUGUUGCUAAUCUGAGUCUAUGUUAGAGUAUCAAAAGUGACUGUUCGGGGGAAAUAGGUUUUACUUUUUACAGAAACUAAACACAUUAUCUAGUAAUCUAGUUAAACAUGACAGGACCUCUUCAAAAUGGGACAUGUAGUUUUAGGUGGGUGGUAACACAGGGAGCAGAUUAUGCAGCACUCUAUAUUACAAACUUUAUUUGAAUAUUCUCUUCUGUAUCUCAACCAUGAAUUCCCAUUCUGCAAUAAAACAAAUAAUUUGCUGUAA